CAACCCCUUCCUUUUAGUUACACAAAAGAAGCAACUAUUUGUUGCUUCAAUUGUUGACUUUAUUUAUUGAAUGUGAAAAGGGGGAGCAAUAAUUUUUGAAUAAUAAGGCAAUGGCAAAGACAUCCUUGGCUUUUGUAUUUGCCUUGUUGUUGGCUUUGCCAAUUCAUUCAGUUUUUGCUAAUGAAGUGAAUCCAUUGAACCUUUUUGAUGGUGUUGAAGCACCAGUGGAAGCCAAGACUUUUGAUUGGGUUCUAGAAGCCAAGUCUGCUGCCAUGUGAAGUCCAUGGAGGACGCCCCACAACUCAGCUUGCACUGGUUGGCAUCUUCCCAAAUUUGCCCGAAAACCCCCAAUCCACUCCCCAUUAUGGGUUCGAAGAAGACCUCCACACCCAGCCUUCAUUGUUCUUUCUUGUGAUGUGCCAUCGGAUUCACUGGGCGGAGGAAACUUGGAUUGUGAACCUCUUCAUUUCGCCACUUCCAAAGCCAAUAGCAGGUUAGCACAAAUUCGUCCACCCAAUUGUGCUCAGAGCUUUUGCCCAUGUCAUUGCUAAAGUUCGUCUGUAUCCAUAACUCCAGAGGCAUUGUGAAAAAGAGAGCAAUAGCAUUUGGGUGUACUAAUUUGGCCCAGAUCCUGGAUGCGCUAGGACAGUCUCGCAGCACGUGGAGGAUCGAUUCUUUCACUUGGGGACAAUUAUGACAGUAAGGAGAAGUUCCCAUCAUUCUGGCUUUUCUAUCUGCUGUCAUCAACCUUCCAUGAUUCAUGAGCCACAAAAAGUCAUCAUUGGCUUUGGUAUUUGCCUUGGUAUUGGCUUUGCCAAUCCAUUCUGUUUUUGGUGAUGAGGUGAAUGAGAAUCCAUGGAAGAACCUUUUUGAUGAAGAAAUCAGUGUUGGUUCAUUGGAGGAGGUUCCUAAGCUUCACUUUGUUGAUCAUCAUUCUGAAUUCCAAGAUUGGGUUCAAGAACUCAGCAAUUUGGACAAUAAAAAUGUCAACAACGUAGUUUCUAAAGAAACACCAGCAUCUGCACCGGUGCAAGCACCUAAAGUGUCUCCACCAAAACGUGCACCAACAGCAUCACCCAAGGCUGCACCGAAAACUGCACCCAAGGCUGCACCAGUUGCAUCACCAAAGUCUGCACCGAAAGCUGCACCUGUUGCAUCACCAAGGUCUGCACCUGUUGCAUCACCUAUAACUUCAAGAAGAAUUCUUGUGGAAUGAUCAAAAUUCGCUCCAAAAAUGUCUCCUAUAGCAUCAUCAAAAUUAUAUCCAAGAAGUGCACCCGCAAAAACACCAACAUUCAAAACCUAUUAACAGUGAUUCUUUACAUAAACAAACUCAAUUGCAAAAUGUUUAAACAAAGUUGAUAACUCAUAAUUUUCUAUCACUAUUUUAUUAUUAUUGACUAUGUUUGUACACCAUAUUACAACUGUUUAUUAUCGAAUUCAUAAUUUCAAUUGAUGUUGGCAA